AUGAGUUUAAGGUUUUUGAGAGGUUCCCAAGAAAAGAAGCAACAAGUUGAUAUUGUUAACAAGGAAUACGAAGUUGAGUCCGACAGCUCAUCUGAGAAGUUGGAACAUGUUUUUCAAGAUCCACUUGUUGCCGAGCAUUAUGCCAAGAUAUACUCAGAUUGUGAAUAUGAAUGUAGGGACCAUUUUGAUCCAGAUUUUACAUGGACUGCCGAAGAAGAAAGAAAGGUAGUAUGGAAAAACGAUUGGUAUGUCACAUUUUGGGCUUUCUUUAUGUUUACAGCUUUGGAUUUUGACAGAAAUAAUAUAUCACAAGCUUUGUCCGAUAACAUGUUGGAAGACCUAGGAAUGACUACAAAUGAUUAUAAUGUCGGUAAAACGAUUAAUUUGGUAUGUUUCCUAGCAGCGGAGUUGCCAUCCCAAUUACUAUCUAAGAAGGUCGGACCUGAUAUUUGGAUUCCAUCCCAAAUUGUUUUGUGGAGUAUUGUUUCAAUGACUCAGGCAGCUAUCACAAACAAAGUGGGCUUCUUUGUUACAAGAGGUCUCUUAGGGGCCCUUCAAGGUGGAUUCAUUUGUGACAUAUGCUUAUGGAUGUCCUACUUUUAUACCUCAAAGGAAUUUCCAUUUCGUUUAUCCUUAUUUUACAUUGCUAACCCUUUAACUGCUGUAUGGUCAAGUUUAUUGGCUUUUGCUUUAUUAAAGAUCAAAACCAACGCGCUCCCUGAAGGCUGGAAGUGGUUGUUUCUUGUUGAAGGGCUUUUUACUUUGAUAGUUGGAUUGGUUUCAUACUUUAAAAUGCCCGCAUCAGCUGUCCAAACUAAAACAUGGUUCCGCAAAAAGGGAUGGUACACUGAUAGGGAAGAGAAAAUUGUCGUUAAUAGAAUCUUACGUGAUGAUCCAACCAAGGGCGAUAUGAAUAAUAGACAGCCAGUUAGCCCCAAGGAAUUGGUUAAAAGUUUAUUGGACUAUGAUUUAUGGCCCGUUUAUAUUAUCAGACUUUUGGGUGAUAUUGGGGCUUCCCCAACUAGUAACUACUUGACUUUAACACUCAGAAAACUUGGUUUCUCAACAUUCAAGACUAACCUAUUGAGCAUUCCUUACAAUAUAUUGAUGAUUAUUACUAUGCUUGCUUCAGGUUAUGUAUCAGAAAUCAUUAAUAGCAGAGCAUUAGUGCUAGCAACUAUUCCAAUAUGGAUUCUUUCGUGCUUGUUUCCCUUGAGAUAUUGGCCUGGUUCUCAAGUUGAUGUAUGGGGAACUUUUGCCAUACUUACAGUUAUUUUAGGUGCAUGUCCCACAUGGCCGCUCACCAUAUCAUGGUGUUCAGCGAAUUCCAAUUCCGUUAGAAAUCGUGCAGUUUCAGCAGCAGUUGUGAAUGUGUUCUCACAAACCGCUGCGAUUAUUGCAGCAAAUAUAUACAGGGAUGAUGAUGCACCAGCCUAUCAUAGAGGGAAUGUGGUAUUAAUAGGAUGCGCUUUUGGUGCUUUGGGUUCUUGCAUUCUUGCGAGGUACUAUUACAUAUUCAGAAACAGGCAGAAGGAAAAAGCUUGGAACGCAUUAACAAUCGAGGAACAAGAAGAUUAUGUCAAAAAUACUACUGAUGACACCAACAAGCGUCUUGACUUUAAAUUCACUUACUGA